UUUUUUCAUAUUUUUUCUUAUCACCUGAAUCACUCCUUUGUAGAAAUUUAGCUUUUGAUCGCCGCUGAAAUUCGACACCUCCAAAUUUCAUCGGCAAAAUGCAUCUCCUCCCAGUGCUCCCCGUGAUCUUCAUCGCCGCCGUCUUCUGCUCUCCAAUGCCGGUACACUGUACACCCGUUUCAGCUCGAUCGCAAUCGUUAAGGUCGUCAUCCUUCUCCGUUGCACUUGAAACUCUUCAGAAGCAUCUGAAUUAUGAUUUUCAGAACAUCGGGCUUCUGCGCCGCGCGAUGACUCACUCAUCUUACUCUGAAGAGAACAACAAAGCUUUAAGCAUUCUUGGUGAGAGAAUCAUCGAGACAACUGCUUCCCUCAGAUUAUUGACUAAAGAUGUGGAUAUAUCGUCGAAGGAUCUGAAUAAUCGAGUUUCGGAGAUAUCGAAAGUGGAGACGUCGUGUGCUGUCGAUGGAAUGCGGUUAGGGUUGCAGAAUGUGGUUAGGGUCUCUUCGAAUACCAAUUCUUCGACUUCCUCAGUUGUCUGUGGUGCUUUUAGGGCAAUUUUUGGUGCUGUUGCGCUUGAUACAGGGAAAUCCGAUGAUGCUGGAGACGUGUUCUGGGUGGUUCACGGCGGUGCUGGAAGUGCACUUUCCAUUAAUAGACUGAAGGGGAAGGGUGGAAUUACAUUUGCAAUUGCAUUUGUUUGGGAUUUAUGGAGGUGGGCGUUUUCUCAUCACGCACAUAAGAAAAGGGGUUUCACUUUCCAGAACACUCAAAACCUUACUCACCCUCCUUCAUGUGUUUCGAUGGCGACUGAAUUUUCUCCUAGAGAUACCACUGAAUCAAACCAUGACUUACCUUCUCCAUCAGAAUUUCUAUAUUCCAGUCGCCGUUGUUGUUUCUGCAUACCCUACAAGUGGCAGAAAGUACGUUCGUCGUCUCCGGAGUACAAUUCUGAAAGAAGUCUAUGGUCACGAGGGAUCGACGCCUUGAUGAAGAUUCGGGAGUGGUCAGAGAUCGUUGCAGGUCCAAGAUGGAAGACAUUCAUACGCCGGUUUAAUCGUAACAAAAGUUUUGGUCGACAAUCCCCCAAGUUUCAGUACGAUCCUCUAGAUUAUGCGCUCAAUUUCGACGAAGGAGCGUUAGAUAACGGAGAUUCUGAAAUGGAGAACGAGUAUAUGGUCCGCAACUUCUCCUCAAGUACGUGUGGAUGGGGCCUGUUUGUGAAUAUAAUAAACGCAAGGAGGGGACAGUGA